AUGCCCAACUUUGCUUCCAGAAUUAGACUCUGACUCCUGAGUGAAAAAGAAAAGUGUAUUAUAUUUUAAGAAACCGUAAGAUCAGGACACAUUGCUAUCUGUAACUAUAUACAACAAUGUAUUAUCAUUUCAAUUACACUCUUAUAAUGUGCAUUUUUAAACUAUGUACAUAAAACGAGAAUGGUUUGAGAACUCAGUUCAGUGCAUGAAUCUUCACUGAAGGAUAAAGGAAAACUCUGCCAUGACACUUGAUAAUUCUGUUUAUCUUGCUUACAUUGCGUUUAUAUCAUAUAGCAGAAAAGAAACCUUCUUUUAACAACAUAUAGUAUGUGAGACUAGUAUCAGUUUGGAUAAAGUGAUCUGCUGUUCAACGAGCCAUAAAUACAUUUAGAAUUUAGACUUGGAUAAAUAUAGUUCAGAAAAGCCCACAGUGAUGACAGCACAUCAACAACAAAGGCAGUUGCGUCGCUCAGUGGUUGUCCGUACUGUUCUGUGCUUCUGGGAGACAAACACUUACAGACCAGUAUGACGCUGCUGUGGAAGAUCUUAUUGGGAAUCUUUCUCAUUGAACUACUCAGUCAAAGUCAAGCCCUUCUAGAGGAGAAUAUAGAGCAGACAGCUUUGGAUGAAGGGACUGAGGGAGGAGAGGACGUGGAAGAGCCUGAGGGUCCAGAAACAGAUGUCAGUCAACCUGAUCAUAGACAGCCAUGUGCCAUGUGGAUGGGAGGUGUUCCUGGCACACCUGGGCACAGUGGUAAACCUGGAAGAGAUGGCAGAGAUGGGCGUGAUGGGCCGAGGGGUGAGAAAGGAGAUAAAGGUGAAGCAGGUGAGAAAGGAGAUCCUGGACAGAAGGGAGACAUUGGCCCUGCUGGACCAAGAGGCUUUCCUGGGAACCCAGGUCUGAAAGGGACCCGUGGUGAAAGUGCCUUGUCUUACCAUUCAGCCUUUAGCGUAGGUCUGAGUGAGCUUGUUCCCACCACCAAUGUGCCAAUCCGCUUCAACAAGUUCUUCUACAAUGACCAGCACCAUUAUGAUGACGUUUCCGGAAAGUUCCGCUGUGUUCUGCCAGGAGUGUACUUCUUUACUUAUCAUCUCACCGUCUACACUAAAGAUGCUAAAGUCAGUCUCUACGUGAAUGACAAGGCCAUCAUGUUCACCUUUGACCAAUACCAAGAGACCAAUGUGGAUCAGGCAUCAGGUUCUGUUAUCUUGCAUUUGGAGGCAGGAGAUGAGGUAUGGCUGCAAAUCUAUGGGGAUGAGGCAUUUGGGGGAGUGUAUGCAGAUAACACCAACGACUCUACCUUCUCCGGUUUCCUCCUGUAUCCUGAAAUUCCUGCAUCUGCACAGAGACGUUGACAAUACCUAAAUG